AUGGGUUCGGAACUGGGAAUCACCGCCGAGUCCCAGGCGGCGGUAAACCUCUCGCCGGUGAGCAUCUGGUGGGCCGUCUGGGCGGGUGUCUGGACGGCUGCAGUUGCCGCCGGCAUGGUAUAUCUCAUUAUCAAUCGCGAUAUGCCUGCUCUCCGAAUCCGAGGCCUCGCCCUGUCACUCUCUUCAAUUGUUCUUCUUCAUCUUUACUGGCUGGCCUGCCAAUUUGGCACCAUGGUCGGCGCCCUCAUGCCCGGAGACGGUCAGUACUGGAUCAUGGGGACCUACCUCCCCUGUGGCAUCGCUCUUUUCCACGCCUCCAACAGUCGCUUUCUCCACGUCGCUAAGCUUCAGCGGAAGUAUGCGCAACAUGGCUUUCGGUUCACCGACGCGUCGCCUGACGAGAAGCCCAAGACUGGUCUGAUCAACCGUUUCCGGCGUCUCGACUACACUACCAAGAUCCUUAUCACCGUUGGGGCUGCAAUGUUCGCUCAAAUUUUUCUCACAAUCUUGAUGUACAUCAUUUCUCGCAAGUGGCAUAGCUCCUGGGGCAUUCCUGGUACGGAGGUUCACGGUAGCGAAAUGGCCCAGAAGACGGCACAGGGUACAGGAUGGGAGUGGUGGCCCGGCGUAUUUUGGCAGUUCUUCUGGUCCUGGGUCGUUGCCCCCGUCAUCCUCUGGAAGGCGCGCAACAUUCAUGAUACCCAAGGCUGGCGCGUGCAGACCAUUGGUUGCGCGAUUGGCAGUCUUCACGCUACCCCAAUGUGGCUUAUCGCUCUCUACGUUCCUGCCAUGGCUCCGGUCAACCAAUACUGGAUUCCUCCGCAAUGGAUCUGCCUGUCUAUCCUUAUUAUCGAAAUCUUUACUGUUUUCCUUCCUUGCUGGGAGGUUGUUCGUCACCAGUCCCUUCGUCAAGAGACCCUCGACUCGAUCGCUCGAUGGGAGACUAAGGUCAAGGCCUCUGGGUCUGAAAACAAGUCCAUCAACUCGGACGCCACUAUUGUCGAGUCUAUUAUGUCGGGGUGGAAGUCCACCAACGACUCCAUCAAGAGUAGUGGCUCGCGCGACAGUAUUCUGACCAUGAGCGCCCUAGAGCACGUUCUGGAACGCAACCCCACCCCUCUUCAGGAAUUCUCUGCACUCCGUGAAUUCUCUGGAGAGAACAUUGCCUUCCUCACCAGCGUUGCCGAGUGGAAGAGCUCGCUUCCCGCUGCGCUGCGGGACAGCACUUCCCCCCGGAGCGGUAGCACGAAGGACCUCUUCCGCGAGCACUUCAACCGCGCCUUGCACAUCUACGCCGAGUUCAUCAGUGUUCGCCACGCCGAAUUUCCCGUGAACAUCUCCUCCCACGACUUGAAGAAGCUCGAGGAGGUUUUCGAACGGCCCGCUCGCAUUCUCUACGGCGAAGAACGGGAGGCCGACCCCGUCAGCCCCUUCGACAAAUUCACCUUUGAGCCAGCCUCGCCCACCGUCUCGGAAAGUUCUGAGAAGGAAAUGACGAACUGUAUCAGGAACCGUGUGCAUUACUGGGGUGAGAUUCCCGAGGAGUUCGACGCCAAUGUCUUCCAGGAUGCAGAGGCGAGCAUCAAGUAUCUCGUUCUCACCAACACCUGGCCCAAAUUCAUCAAGGAUCGGCGAACUUCCAUCACUUCUUUCGAGACGCUGAAGCCCGGGAUGGAGGUUGUCUAG